AUGGCUACAGUCGUUGUACAACAGCAGCCGGUGCGACAUUCUGCAUCUCCACCCCCAAUCGCUCCAGCUCUUAGCCUCAGUGCCAGUUCUUCCCAUGGCCAACCCCCAAUCCCAAACAAACAUCUUCCCGCCUGUCCUCCAGGCCCGGCUCCUGCGAACUCCAAGAUCCCCACAACCCCUCCAGCCUCACCAACCCUCAGACAUUCUACUUCCGUCCAGGGCGAUUGCGUCCUGUACCCUCCAAAUAAUUUCCCCAAACUGCGCGAAAAUCCGACAGUGUACUCGAUAGAUGCAGAUACAUUCGCCCUUGCAUUGGAUGAGCUUGCCUCUCGCCCUUUGCCAGACCCUAAGCAGGUCUUUCCAUGGCUACACGGCCUGCAUCCGGACAAUAAUAUCCAACUAGGAUUCUUCGUUGCAAGAAAGAGAUCGCUUAGACGGAUACCACAAUGUUUGCGAUCUAUAACAAUUGUUAAAGCCGGUGGGGAUUUGUCCAAGGCAAGGAUCAAGGGGGCCAUUGCGCCAGAAGAGAUCCUCUCCCCUUCUGGCACUUCAUUCAUUGAUGCGGAUCCCCCAGAAGGGUUUUCCGUGCGCAACUUCCAUAUACAGACGGCGAAAUUAGCCCCGUUGUCGGAUAUUAUUGUAUAUGGUGAAGAUGGCACCAAAGAAAAGUAUCUUUUCAGGCUUGCUAGAGGCAUUAUUAGAGCUCAGAGGGAAUGGAGAAGGAAGUUUGAUCCGGGCAAAGAGUAUCCCAAGUUCAAUACUUUUAUUCUCCAGAGUCCUUUCCGUGAACUAGAGGAAAAACAUCCUGAAUUGGUUGCUGUCAACUGCCAAGGGCAACUUACCGGUCAAGUCGUGGAUUUCUUUCGUUGGGAACGGUUGGAAAUGUGCAAUAUGGCCGAAGCCUCAGAGAUAACAAAAAACGUUUGGCAGGGCCCUACACCAGAUGUCAACGAACACCCCCUUGAAGAUCUAGGGUUUGAUGUUUUCAUCGAAACUCAUGAUGUUGCAAACAUUCCUAACAAUCAAUACCUCUCGGGAGUGUCAAGGAAAAUGGACGAUGGACCGCAGCGAUUAGAAUUUCCCUCAUCGGGAAGCCUUCUAGCUUCAUUCAACCAGAUAGUGGCCAUUGACCUUAUUAACCUUAUUGACACGUGUAGAUGGAUAUAUCACGUUACCAACCCCGAGCAUAUUGAACAGCCAGUUGAUGCAGAUGGUGAUAUUCCAAUGGUGGAGCUCACUCCCAGACCCCGCAAGGUUCUAAUUCAUUGUGGAGACGGGUACACUGAAAGCUCUCUCCUAGCCAUUGCCUACUUCAUGUUUGCGGAGGGAGUUCCAUUGGAUGAGGCGUGGUUAAGGCUACACUGCGAGAAAAAGCGGAACUUUUUCGCCUAUCCCUCGGACGUCGCAUUCUUAGCUGUCGUCCAACAAAAGCUACUGUCCGAAAGCCCCGCCGCCCGUAAUCGCAGCAUCCCGAAAAGCCUCGAACCGGAUUGGCUCUUGAAAAUGGAUGGGUCUUUACCAAGCCGCAUCCUACCAUAUAUGUACCUGGGAAAUUUAACUCAUGCUAACAAUCCGGAGCUCCUCCGCAACUUAGGCAUUAGACGUAUACUUAGCAUUGGAGAAUCUGUGUCAUGGCGGCCGUCAGAGACUGGAAAAUGGGACCCGGAAAAUUUGAUGAUGAUAAACGAAGUGCAGGAUAAUGGCAUAGAUCCUUUGACCCAGCAAUUUGAUCGUUGUCUACAGUUUAUUGAGAAAGGAAAACAGGAUGGUACUGCAACGUUGGUGCAUUGCCGCGUUGGGGUUUCGAGAUCUGCUACGAUUUGUAUUGCGCAAGUGAUGGCUUGUAAGGGGUUGUCGUUUCCUAGGGCAUAUUGCUUCGUUCGUGCCCGGCGUCUAAACGUCAUCAUCCAACCACACUUGCGGUUUGUCUACGAGCUCCUCAAAUGGGACGAACUCCUCCAGCAAAAGCGCCACGAACCAAUCCGCCGAGAUCUAGAAUGGGCAACCAUCGCACGCGAGAUAGCUCUCAUGAACAAACCAUACUCGAAAUGA